ACCUAUAUAUAUGAUAUAUCAUUUGAUCCCUCCCACAAGUUGUGAAAUUAAGGCAGGCAUUGCAACGCGUACAUUAGACAUUAAUAUUUCUGAUGGGUUCCAGCUUCUCAGCCCUCCCCACUAUGUGUAUGUUGGUCCUAGUCCUCCUCUUGUGGGGUGGCGAGGGACGUGAGCCAUUCGCGUGUGACCCAAAGGACGGUGGCACAAAGGGGUUACCCUUUUGUAGGAGUGGGUUGGCAAUAGAAGCAAGAGUGAAGGACCUGGUUGGAAGGUUGAGACUGCAAGAAAAGGUUAACCUUCUAGUGAACAAUGCCGCAGCAGUUCCGAGGCUUGGAAUCAAAGGUUACGAGUGGUGGUCGGAGGCACUUCAUGGGGUUUCCAAUGUGGGCCCCGGAACCAAGUUUCGUGGCCAAUUCCCUGCCGCCACUAGCUUCCCUCAAGUCAUCACCACCGCUGCUUCUUUCAAUGCUUCUCUCUGGGAAGCAAUCGGACGGGUUGCAUCGGACGAAGCAAGAGCAAUGUACAAUGGAGGAACGGCUGGGCUGACAUACUGGAGCCCAAACGUUAACAUUUUUAGGGACCCACGGUGGGGCCGCGGACAGGAGACUCCCGGUGAGGACCCAAUACUAGCCGGUAAAUACGCUGCUAGUUACGUCAGGGGACUACAGGGAACGGACGGUGACCGGUUGAAGGUGGCUGCCUCUUGCAAACACUUUACGGCUUAUGACCUUGACAAUUGGAACGGUGUGGAUCGCUUUCACUUUAAUGCACAGGUUAGCAAGCAGGACAUGGAGGAGACGUUUAACGUGCCAUUCAGGAUGUGUGUGAAGGAAGGGAAAGUGGCGAGUGUGAUGUGUUCUUACAAUCAGGUUAACGGUGUUCCUACCUGUGCGGACCCCAACCUCCUCAAGAGAACUGUUCGUGCCCAAUGGGGUCUUAAUGGGUACAUUGUAUCAGACUGUGACUCUGUUGGGGUGUUUUACACUAGCCAACAUUACACAUCUACGCCAGAAGAAGCUGCUGCCGAUGCCAUUAAAGCAGGUUUGGAUUUGGAUUGUGGGCCUUUUCUAGGAGCGCAUACGCAGAAUGCUGUGAAAAAAGGCCUUUUAAGCGAAGCUGAUGUCAAUGGGGCUUUAGCCAACACGUUAACAGUCCAAAUGAGGCUAGGGAUGUAUGACGGUGAGCCAUCAGGCCAUCCAUAUGGCAACCUUGGCCCAAGAGAUGUGUGCAGCCCAAGUCACCAAGAGCUAGCCCUAGAAGCCGCAAGACAAGGGAUUGUGCUUCUUAAAAACAAGGGUCCUUCUUUGCCUCUCUCCACGAGGCGUCACCGCACCGUGGCCGUUAUUGGGCCCAAUUCUAAUGUCACUGUCACAAUGAUCGGCAACUAUGCUGGUAUUGCUUGUGGAUACACAAGCCCCUUACAAGGAAUAGGUGCACACGCCAGGACUAUUCACGAGCUCGGUUGUGCAAAUGUGGCUUGCACUGAUGACAAGCAAUUCGGGAGAGCUAUAAAUGCAGCCCAACAAGCAGAUGCAACGGUGCUAGUAACGGGCCUGGACCAAUCCAUUGAGGCUGAAACCGUGGACAGGGCUGGCCUCCUUCUUCCCGGGCGUCAACAAGAGCUUGUGUCCAAAGUAGCAGCUGCCUCAAAGGGCCCAACAAUUUUGGUCAUAAUGUCUGGUGGGCCGGUAGAUAUAACUUUUGCAAAGAACGACCCUCGAAUCCAAGCCAUCUUGUGGGCCGGUUAUCCCGGUCAAGCCGGUGGCGCCGCCAUUGCAGAUAUCUUGUUCGGAAACGCUAACCCAGGAGGCAAGCUACCUAUGACAUGGUACCCAGAAGGUUACAUUAAAAAUUUGGCAAUGACAAAUAUGGCAAUGCGAGGAAGGCGUUCCACAGGGUACCCUGGAAGAACGUACCGAUUCUACAAUGGGCCAGUGGUGUAUCCAUUUGGUUACGGAUUGUCUUACACACACUUUGUUCAUACACUAGCUAGUGCACCCAAAGUGGUUUCAAUUCCCGUGGAUGGCCACCGCCACGGCAACAGCUCCAACAUUGCGAAUAAGGCAAUUAGAGUGACACAUGCACGAUGUGGCAAGCUUUCCAUUAGCCUCCACGUGGACGUUAAAAACGUUGGAACCAGAGAUGGCACUCACACGUUGUUGGUGUUCUCAGCACCACCUGCGGGUAAUGGCCACUGGGCCCCACGCAAGCAACUAGUGGCUUUUGAGAAAGUCCACGUUCCUGCCAAGGGUCAACAGCGAGUGCGAGUCAACGUUCAUGUUUGUAAGCUCUUGAGCGUGGUGGACAGGUCUGGGACUAGGAGAAUUCCAAUGGGGUUGCAUAGCAUUCACAUUGGUCAUGUUAAACACUUCGUGUCUCUUCAGGCAGAAACACUUGGAAUUAUCAAGUCCUGAAUUUUGGGGGCCAGAUCUACCUCUACGUAAGUGUAUGAUAAAUAGAUAGAUAGAUUAAGAUCAAGUUUUUAGCUCUAUACUCAGUACUUACUACAUCGUGCUUUGGUUCUAACUUCUAAGGAACCAUCAAUUCAAACUGUGAAUUAGGACAUGCUAGAUUCAUUCAUCAGCAAAAGGGUUGGUUGCGACUUGCGAUUCUUGGAGAAGAGAUUUAUAAAGGAAAUCUAUUCUUCUCUCUCCGAUUGCGUUCUACUUUGUUUACCAUUCUUUAAGUCUCCAUUUUUACUAAUACAGAGUUUUAGUGUAUCCUUUGUAAUGUAAUUGUGAGAUUUGUAAUAAGAAUGUGCUUUACAUAAUUACACCAUGAUGUGCAGCAUUUUUA